AUGAAGAGAUCAUGGCCGCAAAAGAAGGCGCUGGCACUUGCCGCGAGCUCAGUCGCAAUUGUUUUUAUUUUUGCAGCUGUCGCAAGGCUUCAAUACCCGUCUUCGGAGUCGAUCGUGGGUAUCAAACUGCCGUACUUCAAUGGUGACAAUGAUGACGGUAUUCCGGACCAGGAAACUCCGUCCACAGUUAGGAAUGCGACAUUCUUUCAAAAUUCGGCGACUAAAUACUUCAAAGCAAUACUGAACCCCAAAGAUACAAGCCUCGACCGCCUUCGCUGUCCAGCACCUGAUCUUAAGCGGUACCAGUAUCUCAGAAACGACAUUGAUAUUGCGAAACUCGCCGGCAGAGAGAAGCGAUUAUUUUUGGCGCUGAAUUUGCGACAAUCCAUCCAUGUACUGCCUAGUUUAAUGGGCUCAAUCGUGGAGACAAUACGAUUCCUUGGACCCGAAAAUUGCGUCCUGUCUAUUGUGGAAGGAAAUUCGAAUGACGGAACUUUCGAUGUACUAGAAGGGCUCCGCAAACAUAUGGCAAUCUUGGGACUCGAAUAUCAUCUCGAAGUCAGCGACAUCGAUCCCUCACAAGGCGACCGCAUCGAAGGUCUCGCUGCUCUACGGAACUUAGCUCUGGAACCUCUCAUCAAUAAUUCCACGCAGUAUUCCUCUGAUGCGGCGGUGGUGUUCAUUAACGAUGUCGCAAUCUGCUUUGAGGAUAUACUGGAAUUAGUGCACCAACGAGUAUUUCAGAAGGCUGACAUGACAUGUGGUAUGGACUGGAAUUCCAUUGAACCGGCGCCCAUUUUCUACGACAUUUGGAUCGCCCGAGCUAUCAAUGGAGAUACGUUUUGGGGGAUUCCACCGGACGGAGGAUGGCGUUAUGCUCCGAAUCUUUUCUGGAAUCAUCCUUUGUCCGGUCAGCGAUACGAGGAACGGAAAGCUUUACAAGUUUUCGCCUGCUGGAACGGCGCGGUAGUCUUCACCGCAAAACCUAUAAUCGAGAAGAAGAUACGGUUCAGGACGUCGAAACCUGGAGAAUGUUUUUCGGGUGAACCGCGUCUGUUCUGCAAAGACAUGUGGAUGAACGGGUAUUCGAGGAUUGCGGUCGUGCCGUCGGUUAACCUGGAGUAUUCCAAUGAGAACACUCAAAAAGCUAAGGAGGUGUAUGGAUAUGUUUCUGAUGCGGUGAAAGCGGAGCAGAAGGACGAUGAGUCGUUGAAGAUUGAGUGGGAUGCUAAACCACCGGAACAAGUUAAAUGUAUGUCGGAUUUUGCGGAUCAGUCUUGGGUGCCCUGGAAUCAGGGGUUUGAAUCUGAGAAUUAA